CUAUGGCCCACCGACGACGGUGACAUUACGGAAGAGGUGGCCCAGAUACAGAUCUUGCAGAGUGAGGAUCCUCAGAACAGUGAGGAGAUAUCUCCUAUCAGCCAGGCCUGGUUCACCACCAAGGAGGAUAAAGACACACUGGUUAACAAAGGUCAUAAGUGGAAACAAGGCAUGUGGUCUAAAGAGGAGAUCAACCUCCUGAUGAGCAACAUCCAACAAUAUGUGAAGGGUCGGGGAAUGGAGGACCCAGCUGAGAUCAUCUUUGAGAUGUCUAAGGAGGAGCGUAAGGAUUUCUACCGCAGCGUGGCCUGGGGUCUGAACCGCCCGCUGUUCGCCGUCUACCGACGAGUCCUCCGCAUGCACGAUAACCGCAACCAUGUGGGCAAGUACUCUCCUGAGGAGAUCAACAAGCUGAAAGAGCUGAGACAGAAGCAUGGUAAUGACUGGGCCACCAUAGGAGCCGCUCUGGGCCGCAGCGCCUCGUCUGUUAAAGACCGCUGCCGACUAAUGAAGGACACCUGCAACACAGGGAAGUGGAGUGAGGAGGAGGAGAGGCGUCUAUCGGACAGUGUCUAUGCCCUGGCGGGUGUGUGUCCGGGCCGUGCAGUGACGGGCGGGGUGUCGUGGGCGGCUGUAGCUGAUCUGGUGGGAACGCGGUCGGAGAAACAGUGUCGCUCUAAAUGGCUCAACUACCUCAACUGGAAACAGAGUGGAGGGACGGAGUGGACCAAAGACCAGGAUCUCAGCUUAGUACACAGGAUAGUGGAGUUGGAUGUGGAUGAUGAGAAUGAGUUAAAGUGGGAGGAGCUAGCGGGGGGGUGGAGCAGUGUUCGCUCUCCUCAGUGGCUCAGAUCUAAGUGGUGGAGCAUCAAGAGACAAGUAGCCAAUCACAAGGAACUGCCCUUCCACGUGUUACUGAAGGGUCUUCAGGAGUUGAUGGAGACUCAGGUGCCGUUAGGGGCGGGCACUGGGCCAGGUAGCCCUUCCCUGCAGAUCCGAGUCACGCGAUUGGAGGAGUGCUGUAGCUCCCCCCCCCGGCCCGUCACAGCACUGCAGAUCCCCCUGCAGAUCACACACCUGGCCUCAGACAGUGCUGGUGCCAGUGACACAGAGACCAUCACCCUCAACACUGCUGCUCUGCAGACCUUACAGAUCCUACCUUCUUUCCACCUGCACCCUACAGGGACUCCAGGGACAUACUUCCUUCAGACAGCAGCCAAUCAGAGCCUGCCGCUCAGCCUUUCCAGCAAUCCCACCGUCACACUGACGGCUAGCUCCUCCCCGUCCCCAGAACACAUCAUCCUACACAGCCUCUCGACGGAGGGUCUUUGUUCCAAUGACAGCGUCAUCAUUCAGACGGUCACCUCUGACCACAGCUCUCCAGAGCCUCUUUGCCAAUCACAGCUGGUUGUGGAGAUGCAGGGGGAGGAGCCAGAGCAGAACUUCCUGAUUGGUUCCUCAGAAGGCGGAGCCACCGAGACUCCGGAGCCAAUGACAGACAGCUUUACUGCCAAGGUCCUGGACUCUCCCUCUCAGGAGCAGGCGGUGGAUUCUGGGAUAGCGAAGGGGGCGGUGCUUAUCGUUUCUCCUACAAAUGUCAGCAGCACACUAACAGAUAUGAUCCUGGAGAACCAGGAUGGCUCUGACUGAGCUGGAUGACAUCAUCACUGAUGGAGCCCAUCAAACAGCAGAGUGGACAUGUCGCAAUUUUGGACAUUAUUUCUGAUUGGCUGAGUUGGCCAUUAAGCCCCUCCCCUUUAAAUGUUUUCUUGGGUAUGGCAGUAAUACUGGUAUGUACACCGCCAUCAAACCCCAACCAAGAAGAAGUUCUCUUGGGUCAGAGGUGAGACUAUGAUGUCAUUGUGGGCUCCUGUGGGAGCCGGCCUGACCGUGUGUGUGAGAGCGAGAGAGAGUGAGUGUGUUGCAGAACGGCUUUUCCAAACUGUCCAUUAUAAAGACUGCAGCCAGAGCCACAGAUAUACACUGAUUGGACAAAGAACUUCCUAAUAUUGAGUUGCAACCCCAUGUCAGAAGGCUAUAAAGUCCUUAUUUAACCUGUCUCCUCUACUUCAUCUACCCUGAAGUGGAUUUAACCUGUCUCCUCUCCUUCAUCUACUCUGAAGUGGAUUUAACCUGUCUCCUCUACGCUGAAGUGGAUUUAAUAAGGGAUCAUAUCACCUGGAUAGUGGGGCGGCAGGGUAGCCUAGUGGUUAGAGCGUUGGACUAGUAACCAAAAGGUUGCAAGUUCAAACCCCCGAGCUGAAAAGGUACAAAUCUGUCGUUCUGCCCCUGAACAGGCAGUUAACCCACUGUUCCUAGGCCGUCAUUGAAAAUAAGAAUUUGUUCUUAACUGACUUGCCUAGUAAAAUAAAGGUAAAUAAAGUAGUGUUCUUAAUGUUUUGUCCACUCAGUGUCGUUGUAGAUUCUCUGGUUCUCCGCCUCAGAACAGCAGCCGACAGGUCCCAGUGUGUCUGUUGGAACCGUCUGCCUACUGACCACACAAAGAACAGGACAGAUUCUCAUUCAUCUGACACUGAAUUAUAUCUGCAUUUACUUUAUUUAUGUGUAAUAAAAACUCCCACAGUU